UCUGUCACCAUUCUGCUCUAACCUUGGACAGUAUGAAAUCACAGUGUCUCUGAUUGCACUCUCACAUGAUCCCGUUGCAUCACCACCGCUACCACUGCCAGACAGAUGGUGGCGGUCUGUGGACACGCCCACACACACACAGAUCCUAAAUAACACUUAAGUAAUGACAGCUGUGGUUUCAUACACACAAACUGCUGAUGUGUUCUUUGGUCUGAUUACAAGCUUUGCAGAAAAGACAAGCUACGUUUUUUGCAUUUUUAAAAGGUUUUUACAGGCGUUUUUAUAUGUCUUGGUUUAAGCUAAGGACACCCCUCACAUUUCCUCAAAGUCUGGAGGAGACGCUGGCCACUUCAGCUUCCUCAGCAAGGCGCUUGUCAUCUUGAAGGUGUGUUUGGUGUCCUUAUGUUGGAAAACUGUCAUGCAAGUUUCUCCAAAGAGGGUUUCCUUCAGUGAACCGUAGCCGGCAGUACUCUUGCAGCCAUAUACCCUGAUGCCAGUGUCAGAACCAGAAAUUUUUCUUUGAUGUGGCCAAGAGGGAGUACGACCACAGGGGAGUCCCUUGUUCUGCUGGUGACUUCAACGCUCAUGUUGGCAGUAACAGUGAGACCUGUCAAGGCGUGAUUGGGAGGAACUGCUGCCCUGAUCUGAACCUAUGCUGUGUUUUGUUAUGAAAUCAAGCUGAAGGAGUCCUAUAGGGCCUUUUUUGACCAGGGGACUCCGAAGGCAGCUGACAGGUACCGACAUGGGAGGAGUUUAGAAAAACCACAGAUAACUUUGAAGAGAUCCGAGUCCGAUAUCCUAUCCGCUAUCUCAGGAAGGGGAAGCAGUGCACAAUCAACAUCGUAUAUGGUGGGGAUGGUCUGCUGCUGCUCCUUUGUAUUGAGUUGUAGGGUCCUAUAGAGCAGCUAUACACAAUAACCUACACAGAAAACUUUGAGAUUUUUCAGAAUCUGCACCUAUUCCUCUGGGCAUCCCCACUCUGUGAUUGGUCACACGCCCAAAGUUCUUCCUAACUAUGAACCAUAUACGGAAGUCCACCCCUAUGUGACAUCACAAAGGGGCAGUUUUAUCACGCCUUUUGAAACCGAGCGUUUUGAGCCAUCCCAAACUUAUUUCAGGGCUCACUUCCAAAUGCACAAAUGUCAUUAUCUGAAACUUUGGCAUCGUUUAACACGAGCAUACAACAUUCUAACUACAUUUAUAGGUCAGAAAAGUGGAAAUCGCAUAAUAAGUCCCCUUUAACCGCUUUAAUACUGUUCAGUGGCCAAAAAUAUAUUUCUAUGUUGUUUCAAAAAUGUAGUUUGCAGCUAUUUUCAUACAGUCCCUUUAUGCUGACGGAGUGUCAUUAAUUUUCAUUAACACCGGAAACAUCCGCACACAUCGGUAUGCUUUUUGUGUCAACAACAUUGUAUUUAUUUUGUGUCUCUAUGUGUUGGCACUUAAUGACGGCAAAAAGAAAUGUAAGAGCAGCAUGUGAACUCCAUGCAGUCAUUUCCUCAGUGCUUGGAAAGUAAACACUCACCCUUUUUUGGGGGGCGGGGGUGUAUGUGGGGAGGGGUGAUGACUCAAUUCCCUAUGCCUCUCUCUCCUCAUUGUCUCACUAUUGGUCUUGACCACAUGACCCUCAGCAAAUACCUCCUUCCUCCCUUUGGGAUGGUGGCGGACUGCAAUACCAGACACACUGAACUUUUCCCAGGCACAAGAGUCACAAUUAGAGUCACUUCCAGAGUGGGGGGGCCUCUAGACUGGGUGUUACGUCAUUGAACUAACGUACUCUCGAGUGUCUUCUAUUUGCAGUGCAUAGCUUCAGGUCUUGUUGUUGGGCCACGUAUGCUCAUUGUGAGGAAAGAAGGGAUUGGUUACAGUUGCUGUACAGAGUGACACACGCAGCUGGAAAGCAACGAAGCCUGUGGUGCGUUCAAGGCUUGCAGAGGAGGUGGGGAAAGAAUGUACCGAGUGAAGUAACCAACAAGAAAAGCACUUUCAGCCUCGCUCCUGCUGCACCGCCUGCCUGGCCUGCAGCCAGACUUUCUCCACAGAGGGUUGGCUCACUUCUCCUCCUCCUUUUCUCCCUUCUCUCCUUCUCCCCAAGCCGCAUACGCAACACGCAACAGGCGAAGAAGGAAGAGUUUUUGGGAACUUCCAAACAUGCCACACUUUUUGGUUUUGCGGAUGGACCAAGCGAGCACACCUGAGGAGUGAUUUUUUUCCACCUUGAGGGGGAAUUCCACGGAGCUUAUCCUCGUAUGUGACGCUCCAGUCGCUGAAAGCAAAGCGGGCGCCCCGGAGCUUGACGCGGAUCGCCCCCCCCCCCCCGCUGGUGGUUUCAUGCGUCCGGCUGCGUGAGAGGGGCACCGGAGGAUGCCACGAUGCCCUCGCUGAUCUGCCGUGUGCUUCUCCUGUGGCUCAGCGUGUACAGACUGGCGCGGUGCACGGAGCGCUUGUCCACGCGUGAGCGCUUCAAGGUGGUCAUCGCGCCGGUCAUCUGCAAGCGGAUUUGCCUGAAGGGUCAGUGUCAGGACCGCUGCGAGCAAGGCAACAACACCACGCUGAUAGCGGAGAACGGCCAGGGGGCAGACACUCUCAUUGGCCAGGGCUUCAGGGUCGUUGUCUGUCCCCUCACCUGCAUGAAUGGCGGCGUGUGCAGCUCCAGGAAACAUUGCCUUUGCCCGCCAGGUUAUACGGGCCGACUUUGCCAAUUUCCUCUGCGACACACGCAGCGAGUGCAGGCGGCGCGAGGCAACAAGCAGCCUGUCUACCCCGUUUCUUUAAAACCCGACAGCCAGAAACUUCUGGAACAAGCCAGCAUGGGACGCACCCAGUUGACUCAGACUCACUCUGUUUUCUCCAUACCAUUGGCACAGCCGGGCCAUCACUCCUCUGAAGUGCAGAUAAACGUGCGUGUUCACCACACACCAGACACAUCUGUGGUCAUCCAACCUGUCAGCCAAGCAGACAGCAAACCCCCUCAGAAGACGAGUCCGCGGCCCACCCCCGCGCGACAUAAGCCCAAGGGCCGUUGCUUCCAGGAGACCACCCCCAAACAAGCCUGCAACAGCACCCCGCUUCCUGUUCUGACCAACCAAGAGGAUUGUUGCGGCAGCGUUGGCAACUCGUGGGGACAAAACAAGUGUUACCCUUGCCCCAAACUGCCAAAUGCUUCAGUCAAGCAGACCAUUGUCGAAGAUUUGGGCUCAACCUGCCCACAGGGUUAUAAAAGAUUCAACAGCACCCACUGUCAAGAUAUCAACGAGUGCUCCAUGCAGGGUAUCUGUCAGAAUGGAGACUGUUUGAACACACUGGGAAGCUUCAAAUGUUCCUGCAAGCCUGGCUUUGUACUGGAGAGGAAUCGAUGCGUCGAGUCUCCUGCCGAGUUAGCCCAGUGCUUUCUGAUGGCGUCUGAUGUCAGAGGGUGCGAGCAUGCCCUGCCCAGUCAUCUCACAAAGGAGAUGUGCUGCUGUACAGUGGGCAAAGCAUGGGGGCGUAACUGUGAGCGCUGUCCACAGGAGGGUACAGUGGCCUUUAGUAAGAUCUGCCCUGCAGGCAAAGGCUGUGUUCUCCAAAAUAUAACAGAAACUGUGGCCAUCCCUCCCAUGCCCUACCCCUGGAAUCCAGAAAAGGAAGAAACAAAAUGGCCGCAGAGGCCACCAGAGACAACAACCGCUGUGCAGCAGGCCGCAACCAGCUCCCACAGUCCUCGUGUUCCUGUUAUCAAACCCACCCCUCCGACAAUCAUCAGAAUGACCCCUGGCAAUGACCCCUUUGAGACCCAAACGAAAGUCUCACCAGAGACAGAUGAUUGUAGGCUAAGCAGGAACAUUUGUGGUCAUGGAGAAUGUGAGAACAGCCUGAACGGCCACAUCUGUCACUGUCACCCUGGCUACCGUCUCAACCCGCAGAGGAACAUCUGUGAGGAUGAUAAUGAAUGCGAGUCAGAGCCUUGCGGUCAGGGCAGAGGCCUUUGCAUCAACACAGAGGGCGGCUACAAAUGCCUCUGCCGCCAAGGUUAUAAACACAUGGUGCAGCAUGGGAGGCUUAAGUGCGUCGAUGUUAAUGAAUGCUCCAAGCAUGACAUCUGCGGCACUGGAGGCCAGUGUGUCAACUUACCAGGUUCUUAUAAAUGUGAAUGUCACAGCGGUUUUAGGAGCAGGUCACACCGUCAUCCAGUUUGUGAAGAUAUAAAUGAGUGUUUGAGUCCGGACACGUGUCCCAAUGAGCAAUGUGAGAACACACCGGGCUCCUUUGAGUGUGUUCCCUGCUUGCCUGGUCAUGAAGCCCGUGCUGGUAUCUGCUAUGACAUAAAUGAGUGCCAAAAGCCUGGUAUCUGUCCUAACGGGCGAUGUGAGAACCUUCCUGGAAUGUAUCGCUGCCUGUGCAAUGAGGGCUUCCUACCAUCUGUUGACAGCAAAGGCUGCAGUGACAUCAACGAGUGUGAGGAUGUCAGGCUGUGCGCGUACGGCCGCUGCAUCAACACUGAGGGAUCCUUCCAGUGUCAGUGCUACCCGGGUUACCAGCGGACGCAGGAAGGCAGCCACUGCGAAGAUAUCAACGAGUGCGACAGGCCAUCAAACUGUCAAAGGGGCCGCUGUAUCAACAAUAUGGGCUCGUACAGCUGCGAGUGCCAGAAGGGUUACACUCUGAUUGGAGGCCGACGCUGCCAAGACAUAGACGAAUGUUCCGCCGACAGGAGUCUUUGCCAGCCAUACGGCUCCUGUGAGAACAGGCCGGGCUCGUAUACGUGUGUGUGCAAUCACGGCUAUGUCCUCUCAGAGGACAAACACAGCUGCGACGUUCAAAUGUUGACAGAUGAGAAGAAGGAGUGCUAUCUGAACCUAGAUGACACCGUGUUCUGUGACAGCGUCCUGGCCACCAACGUCACCAAGCAGGAGUGUUGCUGCUCCAUUGGGGUAGGGUGGGGGGACCACUGUGAGAUCUACCCAUGUCCUGUCUCUCACUCAGCUGAAUUCCACUUCCUGUGUCCAAACGGGCAAGGUCUCUACUACAACGAAGGUCUCAUGUACAGCCGGCCUGCUUACCAGGAUAUCGACGAGUGUUCUUUGUUCGCUGAUGAAAUCUGCAAGAAGGGCCGCUGUCAGAACACGCAGCCAGGAUAUGAGUGCUACUGUCAACAGGGCUUCUACUAUGACAGCAACCUUCUGGAGUGCAUCGAUGUGAACGAAUGUCACGACGAGUCUCUUUGCACGAAUGGUCGUUGCAUCAACACAGAAGGGUCCUUUUAUUGCAACUGUAAGCAACCCUGGACUCCAGACUCGAACAAGAAGAAAUGUGUGCUAGCAGCAGUAGCUGAUGUGAAUGAGUGUGAGGACUCUGCCAACUGUAAGAAUGGUCUCUGCGUGGACACUCCGGGGUCUUACUACUGCAUCUGCUCGCCGCCACUGACCCUUGCUAUUGACCGCAACAGAUGCGUGACUCCUGAGGAGCAGGCCGAUGUGAAUGAGUGCCAGGAUCCCUCCUACUGUAGGAACGGGAGGUGUGAGAACACGCCCGGCUCUUUUCACUGCUUUUGUGACCCUCCUCGCACCUUCAGUGCGGAGCUGAAACAGUGCGUCUAUGACGAUCGCACCGCAGCCUACAAGGACGUAUGUUUCCUGCAGGUGGACGAGGGCUUGAUCUGCACCGAGCCCAGGAGCGUCAUGUUGGUGACCUACUCGGAGUGCUGCUGCCACUACGGUCGCGGCUGGGGGCCCGAGUGCAACACCUGUCCGCCAAGAAAUUCAGAGAUGUUCAACCAUUUGUGUGAGAUGCACCUGGAGACGGAGUCCGACGGGGAGCAGGAUUUCUUGGCAGCUUUCACUAACUACAAUCCAGGUGACAGUUCAGAGGAGGACUCAGACGAAUGCAGCUGUACGAAUGGACACUGUGUACGCUCCUAUCUCAGCACCAUGUGUGAAUGUAACCAAGGAUUUAGGCUGGACCACUCCCACACCCGCUGUAUAGACAUCGACGAGUGUGCAGAACCAGGGAUUCGCAUGAAUCCGUGCAAGAACGCUCGCUGUGUGAACACGGCGGGCUCAUUCAAGUGCUACUGCAAACAUGGCUUUGUGGCCACACGCAGGCCAAACAUAUGCGUCCGUCGCAGAACCCAAUAAUCAUUCAGACUUUGCUCUUAUUUAUCCAUUUGUAUGCAACACACACACACACUCAAGCACUGUGCACAUGCUGUACAUAUACGCCUUUGAAAUCACAACACACAACCGUGUAUGCGCAGUCAACUUGGAAGAUGUAAGCUCCUCCUCUGUGCCCUAUUUUACAUAAAACAAUGACAAAUGUGUGUUUUUUUAUGAAAUGUUUUUGUAAUUAAUUAUUUCUUGCUCAUUAUUGCUCAGCCCAUUUGAGAUUUGUACAUUGUACGGAGGCCAAAGGUUCUGGUGUCCCUCUUUAAUUCUUCGUCCACAUUCAUUAAUAUUUAAGUCUAAAUUCCCUCCUUCCAAUUGUGUUAUUCCAACGCAGAUUGUUGAUUUUGUGUUAUUGUACAGUUUGUGGAUUUGAGAGUUUGCUGUCCAUUUUUUUUGUUGAUGUAAAAUAUGAGAGACGUGAAGUUUGUGUAUUUGACACGUGCACCUAAGUAAACUUUAAGCUAGAAAUAAAGACCAUGCACUUAGCAACACAUGGGAAUGUUUGCCAACUGUAGCUGACUUUGGAACGUCAACAAUGUUUUGCUGCAUCAAACCAUUUCGACAACCUUUUAAGAUAAGAAUUUAAUUAAAAAAUAUAUAUUUCAA